GUCACCUCUGGGAAAAUUCUAUUGUUGUGAAGGCCUUGUUCUACAGGAAUCGAAAAUCCUCGACCUUUCCCGCAUACCGAUUCUGUUCAAAUUUCAUUUCACUUUCAUAAAGACAUCAGUCUAAGCAUUCCAGCAACCAUUCCGAAUCAUGGGUUCCAGUGUCGAUGCUCUUACUAGUCACCUUGGUCGUUUGGGUCUAGUAGAUCCGCCCCAAAAUGCGUUACUCUUCAAACCGAACAGCAAUCAACGCUCCAUCUGCCAGGGGUUGACGGAUGUUCCCCUAUACCUCUUCAGGCUUCACACGUCAAAAUCGCCCGGCACUCUCGACAAGGAGUGGGCUCGCUCCCUAGACGCCGAUGCUGGCUUGAGAGAGCGUAGUGAGACAGACAUCCUGGAGCGCAAGGAUGUCCGCGACGUCGCAGAGGAUAUCAGUGCCCAUUUGUGGUGGAAGCCACGCCCGCGCUGCCACGACAACUUUGUCUCGUGGACAAGCUCUCCACUUCUGGCCUUGCGAUACGCAUACUACAGACACCACAAAGACGUACUACCCCUCGAAGAGAUCAAGCUCUGCAUAGUUCGUACCAAUGACUUUGAACCUGGGACUUUUCUCCGAGACGCCUAUUUAUUUGAUUACUACUCGCAACAUGACCCACCAGUACCAGGGGUUGAUCCAAGGUAUUCAAAAUCGCUCACCGACAUGAAGAACCUGCGUGAUAGGUUCUACUACUUUGGGGAGUACCUCUCGCAAGGCGCUCUCAAUAUCAAAGAGAAAUGCAGCAUAGUCAGUAUGGAUAAAUUGGCCAAGGCGGGUCUACUAGAUCUGUUACCUGAGUUGGAUGAUGAGACCGCGAGUUGGGAGUGGGCUAAAUGGGUCUGGAAGCAAAGGGACAAAGGGAAAUCAUUUGGAGAUGGCGACUGGGAAAAGGUCAAGAAAAUCGCCUCCUUAUUCGAGCCUGGAUUCCGGGUACCCAUGGCGGCGGCCCUUGUUUCCCUCAAGCCGGGGGCCGUCGCAGAAUCACCCACAGAAUCAACUCUCAUCCGGAAGUUAUAUGAGCUCAGUCGUUCAGAGUCCUAUCAAAUGGCUCAAAUAGAAGCGAACCGGAUUGUACCGGACGUGGUAGACGGAGAGCCAUGCUGCGGCAGUGAAAGAAAUACAAAGAUGCUUGAUGACCGAAUGCCUGAAGUUAGAAGGUUCCAAGAAGUCUUGGCUAACCUCGCCGGGUUCGCCAAGAAAAGGAAAGAAAUGAAAGAAAGGAGACUUCGAACCGCGGUCAUUCCGGAGGAAAACCUGGGACAACACCAUGGACCUUCGCAGAAAGUCGAAUAGGCGGAGUAGCUUUGGUAAACAUGCCACCUUGGAAGGGUCAUAGUUACAUGGGAAUAUGGCGUAACUGCGGGAUCGAAUCAAGGGCUUGCAAGAGGAGGUCACACUAGUUAGGUUUAAAUAAAGAAACCCAAAUGUCUGCAGCAUUUGAAAGCUAAAACAUCAAGCUUUGCAUAUAGACUGAUUUCAAAUAGACUCGUUACCAACA